UCGCGGUUGGUGUUCACUGAGUUACAGGCUUGAUUUCUAUUUGAAAACUGUGUGAUGUUCGGCCUGAACGUCUACGACCUCUUUUCAACCAGCUAAAAUGCGAUACAGCAUCACCGUGUAAAAAUAACAAAUCUCUUUAAUUAUUCUGUUAUUUUAAGAGAGACGAUACCGAUUCAGGUGUAAGGUGGAUAAAUGUGGUCUGCACGAACACGUAAUCUCAAUUCAUUAAAUGUUUAAUACAAAAUGUUACUAAUGUUUAACUAUGUAGUCUGUGUGCUGCCAGCAAGAAGCUCUCACGCACUGUCAGGGGAGGAUCAUCAAAUUCUAUGCCCCUGGGCACAUGUCUGACAUGCCCCCACACCAUUCCUGGCGGGCCAAACAUAUGUCACAUAGUCAUAACAAAAACUUCGCAAGUUAGUUAGACACACGCUUGUCUCUCCCUCUCCUUUUCUCUCCUAGAUAGUUAGAUGGCGAGCCACAGUUCAGGAUUGCCGUUUGAGGCGUAAGAUAAUGGAGAGCUGCUAGAUUUGUAGAAUUUAAUAAAAUGUAAUACAGACUAUUGUUUGACACUGGACUUACAACUUGGCACAUGUCACAGCUCUCCUCUGCUGGGUCUCUGUGUCUGUCUGUCUGUCUGUCUGUCUGUCUGUCUCCACUUCAUCAAAAAAGCAAUCUGAAAUCUGAAAAUCUGAAAUGAGGUGUCGUAGUAGCCUAGUACAAGUCUCUGAAGUUGACUGGUUAAGUGUUCAACACAUCACAGAGACAAGUCACGCCUGGAGUGGGGAGACACAUCUGAUGUUGUGUCCUCGAGUAACCCCAGAUGUGAGCUCCACCCACUCAAACAAAAGCAGCCCUACCAGCUAGUUUCUCAGUCAGUUCACUUCAGACACAGGGCUCAACAAGCAACAGACAGAAGAUGCAGCAGCAGAUAAAGAUCCUCUCAGCUCUCAUGGUUACAUUCCUGCUCCUGUUGUUCCCUCUGUGUGCAGCAGCUUCUGACCAACAUGUGACAGUGCACCCUGGAGAUGACGUCACUCUGAGAUGUGAGGCUGGUGAUGUCUCCAUCUCAGCUGUAGAGUGGACCAGAGCUGACCUGGAGCCACAGUACGUCCUCUUUUACAGAGAUGGACGUUUAGAAAGAAAGCAACAGCAUCCAUCCUUUAAAGGCAGGGUGGAGCUGGAGGACAGAGAGCUGAAGGACGGAGACGUGUCUUUGACUCUGAAGAAUGUGACCAGCAGCGACUCUGGAAGAUACGAGUGUCGAGUUGCAGCAGGUGGAUCAAGACGUACAAAGAGAGCUAACAUUGAUGCUGAUCCAAUCAGAGUCAUCUACCUGGAGGUUACAGAUUCAGAGGAUGGAAACUUCCCUCAUGGACACGUUGGACUGGCAGCAGGAGGUGUUGCAGUGCUUCUUGUAGCUGCUGCAGUGUCUGUUGCUGUCUGGAGAUAUAGAAGACGUACAGACCAGAGAUCAGAACAGUCUGCUGCUGAUGAAGCAGGAAACCAUCAGCUCAUGUGUACCUCUGCUGUUUGAGACUGUUCCUCAGGUCUGCGCCUUCGGACCAGGGACACAACAAACACUGUACCUGGAGCCACAGCUCUUUCCAGCCUUCAUCUGCUGACUAACAAAAGCCAUACACUACAAAGUGACUCUUUCUCCCAUCCAUUCAAGGAUCGGUAACGUAACACUACUGGACACAGCAUCAUCACAGCUGUACAGGCUGAGGCUGAAACUCUGUCAGUUGUGAUUUAAUGCUGUUUAUUGGUCAUUGUUGUGAUUAUUGCAGUUAGGUCAUUGAUUAGUUGGCUUCACCAAAGCUAAGUGAUGUUAGAUUGUUAAUGCUUUUCACAGACAGUCUUGCCUGCAGCUUAACAUCCUCUGCACUGAUCCAGAUACUUUUGCAACACAUACCACUCAUUUACAAACAAGCUUUCAACAGAGCUACACCCAAAGAGGCGGAGAAAAAAACAGAGAGUUGAUUGUAAGAGAAAGUCAAGGAACUUGUUCCUAAACCAAACGCCACGGCCCCUGUGUUGGAGUGUUUUGGAUUUAAACCAAAUGACAAAAUAGGGUAUAGGACCAACUUAACUGCACACCUGAGAGUGAGAGACUGACAGUCCAUUUUUUUGUUUUUACUUAUUUAUUUAGGUAUUUUUACGUGUUAUUUCGGAUAUUUAAAUUUUCUUUUUUGCAUUCCUAAAUAUUCUUGUUAAAUAAAUGUGUAUUUCUCUUUAAAAGGGUGCACUUACAUCAUUAUGCCUUAAUUAUAAUUAUUUAAGUUUAAAAAAUGGUCUAAAAACAGCAAAAUUACAACAAUAAUAGAAACGGUCUUAAAAGCACAAUAUUGCGCAAUAUUAUCGCUUAUCGCAAUAAUUGCUGACGCAAUUAAUCGCCCAGCAAAAUUUGUUAUCAUGACAGGCCUAGUUAUAAUAACAAUAGUCAAGUUUUUAUUAAGUAGUUGAAACUAGCUCCACCUCCAGCAGCUACAACAGUAACAUGCUGCUCUAACACUGAAGCUUCAGCAUUAAUAAUCUAAUGAUGUCAUAUAUUAUCAGUCAGAGGAACCAAACACUUCUACUGCAAUACUUUAACUACAUUUUUCUCUCUCAGAACUGGUUCUUAUGACGUGUUGUCUGACCACAUUUUGAGGGAGUGGGAUGGGACUGAAAAUCCACUCCUGUGUCACCCUCUAAUAGCAACCCAUUGAAAUGUCAAACUUUGAAUGGGCAUAUCUCAUGCCCCGUAUGUCGUAGAGACA